AUGGCAGAGCUAAAUAGAGCGAAAUGGAAAUGUAUCGCCAUUGUGAGCGUGAUGAUGAUUUGUGCUUGUGAGGCAAAGAGUGUCUCCGACGACACAGUAGAGUUGGAUGUGGGGUACAAGCUGGAACCGUUAGCAUACGAUGCGGUGGUUGACGAUGAAGUUCCAGGAGUUUUAGAACUGCACAGCUCGCUGCAACCAUUCACCAUUCCGCGCAAACAAAGAGACAAGAGACACACCAAACAUCAGAUAUUAGAGUCUGCCGGGUUGAUCAGCCACUUUCGGUCCAGUGGCCGAGUAUCGAACCGUGCGAAACGCCACACAGAAGCAGAGCUCACCUCCACGGAAAAACAGCAGACAGCUCGUGAAGAUGUAGCCGUGGCAGAGAAGCAAACCAUGAACGCACCACCGCACAAAUCGUCCGAAUUCCAGGCGAAAGUGGUACGCGAGGAAAGCGACUCCGAUGGCGAGGAGUCCAUGUUCAUCCAGGAAGGUAUAAAGUCGCGUGCGCCAAGGGUCAACUUUGUGACACAGCAAACGAAAGGAGGAAGUGGCGUGUCCUCGUCGGAAUCUCGCGACACGGCGAGCAAUAAGUUGAUACGGGAGUUGUACCGUAAACCGCUGACGAGCAUCAACUAUGAGCGUUCCCUGCCCCGCACGUACGAUUCGUACAUGGCCACAUCGCAAUCACCAAUGUAUCCCCGAGUGUACAAUAAGUAUGAUUCGUUUCAUCACGACAUGAUGAAUCGGAUGCAUCCUCCGGCACCGCAUCGGUACGAUCAUUACUACGAACGGCGGCAGGAUGUGGAAAACGAUUCGUACUUCCCACGGUACAAAUAUCCUUACUAUUACUACUAUCCGGACAGGCGGUAUGACGUGCCCCUGUACUACCGCGAUCGCAACUACCUGUACACGAACGAGAUCGAGCAACCAUCACACGGCUUCCCAAUGUACAACGUGCCGUUCCCAGCGACUGUGAUGCGCCCUGCCGCUCCCGCUCUGCGCAAUCGUCGGAUAAUCUAUUUUGCCACCUUGCCGGAAAUAGUUCGUACCCAUCCGAAGCAACCCUACAACCAACGGCUGUACCAAGGGCAUCGAUACGAACCUUAUAAUACGCGAGCGCCCCAAACGAUUGCCCCAAGCACGUACAAAGAUGCUCGACCGCCGAAAAGCGACGACAAAGGUGACAAGUACGUGAGCUCGAAACCGAUCAAAAUUGUUCGCGAAACAAAUGGAGCGGCCAAUAAAACAUAUUUGCAUCGAGACUUGCCAGACGACAAGAGCGAACAGCAACAGCAGCAGCAAAGAAGCUGGAGUAACAUCAAAGAACCGAACCGGUCAACGUUUGGGCAGAGAAAUCCAUUCCUCGGAAUGAGGGGAUUGUUUUUGCAAAAAUAA